GUCCGUCGUUUGACAGCUCGAUCACGGUGGUGUGCGCGGUACGUGCGUACGCUCGUACCCGUUUGCGCCGCGUUUCCUCAUCUCCCACUGGCUGCGAUCUUCGAUCGUGGUGAGACCGGUGAGACGACGCGCUCUAGAAAGACGAGGCAGUAACGAGCGACAGUGAGAAGCUACGAAGAAGCCUCUCCCUAGGUCGCUGACGACGACUAUGUCGGCGACGCCGCGACGCGGCUACGCUUCGGCUCGCCGGCACUCGCGAUGGUGCAUAGUUGCGGCGCAACGGGAUCAGUUGUGAUGUGCCUAAAAGCGGACGCGAUUACGCGAUCGACGUGCGUAGAAAUGACAUUCGUGCGUCUCUCGUGGAGAGUUCUUAGUUAAUUAAGAGUCAGGAAGAUCGAUUUCUCGCAGAGCAAAAGAGGGAGAACGAAGGCAGGUAAAAGAGAACGAAAGAGGAGAACUAAGUUCUUCCUUCCGUUCCCGGAGUAAUUUGCGGAGAUCGCGCGAAAGAAACGAAAGGCAACCGGCCGAUCGAUGUGUUAUUUGUGAUGGGAGUGCCUGCACGGGGAGCACUCGCGGCGAUCGUGGCUGUAACCGCGCUCGCCGUGUAUCUCAACAGUCUCGGAUGCGGUUUCGUCUUCGACGAUAUCUCGGCGAUCAAGGACAACCGCGACCUCAGGCCCCACACGCCCCUCAAGAAUGUCUUCUACAACGACUUCUGGGGUACCCCGAUGCACAAGGAACAGUCGCACAAAUCUUAUAGACCACUUUGCGUUCUCACAUUUCGAUGGAAUUACCUGAUUCAUCAACUAGAUCCUAUGGGAUAUCACCUGCUAAAUGUUAUUCUACAUGUUGGAGUAUGUCUAUUAUACUUCAGAAUAAUCUUAUGUAAAGUUUGCAUUAAAGGCAAGAAAGAAUAUAUGCAAAAAUUGUUAACAGGACCUGUUUGAUGUUUCUACCAGAUGCAGCAAGUUUUGUGUCAUCUUUAUUUUUUGCUGUACAUCCUAUACACACAGAAGCAGUCACAGGUGUAGUUGGUAGGGCAGAAACUUUGUCCUCCUUAUUUUAUCUGGCAGCUUUAAUUACAUACACUAAAUGUUGCAAAAGCAAAAGAUCUACAGGAUGGAAAUCCUUGAUGUUAUCUAUGUUUUUUGUAUUUACUGCAAUGUUGUGCAAGGAACAGGGAAUUACGGCCACAGCAGUUUGUUUAUUGUAUGAAAUUUUUGUUGUACAAAAGGUUAGAGCAAGGGAUAUUUUCUUAGCACUAAAGUCAGCUUUUGGUGGUAAUAAAAUUUCACCUGCAUGGUCAGGCGAGGGUACAAAGCGUUUGACCGCCCUUACACUUGUUACAUUUAGCCUGCUUAUUCUACGGUUACAUAUAAUGGGCUCAAAGUUACCUGUAUUUACCAGAUUCGACAAUCCCGCAUCAGUUGCUGCGACACCAACAAGACAGCUUACAUAUAAUUAUCUUGCUGCAGUGAAUCUAAGACUGCUAUUUCUUCCAAGUGAUUUAUGCUGUGAUUGGACAAUGGGAACGAUACCAUUAGUAGAAAGCUUUCUCGAUGUUCGUAAUCUCGCAACUUUAGGUACUCAUGGAACUGUACUAGGAUUGCUUGUCACAGCUGUUGUAACACGUAGCAGACAAACGUCGGUUAUUCUCAUUAUGAGUUUAGCUAUGAUGAUACUCCCUUUUUUACCUGCAUUGAAUCUUUUCUUCCCGGUCGGAUUUGUAAUUGCUGAAAGAGUGUUGUACGCACCAUCCAUGGGGUUUUGCAUGCUUAUUGGAUAUGGAUGGAGCAUUUUAGCAGACAAGAAAUGCAAGAAAUUGGUGCUAUUUUUACUUAUAACGCUUCUGGCAGCGCAUACGACGAAAACAUUUGUUAGAAAUUACGAUUGGUUAGAUGAAUAUUCGAUAUUCAUGUCCGGCUUGAAAGUGAACGAAAGAAAUGCCAAAUUAUUUAAUAACGUAGGCCACGCAUUGGAAAGCCAAGGUCGUUUUAAAGAAGCAUUAAAUUUUUUUAAUAUGGCUGUACAAGUUCAAGGUGAUGAUAUCGGAGCACACAUUAAUGUUGGACGAACAUAUAAUCAUCUGAAAAUGUUCAAGGAAGCUGAAGACGCGUAUUUAAAAGCCAAGUCAUUAUUACCAAAAGCGAAACCGGGAGAAUCUUACCAAGCGCGUAUAGCACCAAAUCAUUUAAAUGUGUUUGUUAAUUUAGCCAACUUAAUAGCUAAAAAUGCUACUAGAUUAGAAGAGGCUGAUUUAUUAUACAGACAAGCGAUCAGUAUGCGCGCGGAUUAUACUCAAGCAUAUAUUAAUCGCGGUGAUGUUUUAAUUAAACUUAAUCGUACAAAGGAAGCUCAAGAAGUUUAUGAGCGAGCACUAUUUUACGACAGUAAUAAUCCUGAUAUCUAUUAUAAUCUUGGUGUUGUAUUUUUGGAACAAGGAAAAGCAUCCCAAGCUUUGGCAUACUUGGACAAAGCUUUAGAGUUUGAUCCAGAGCAUGAACAAGCAUUACUGAACUCUGCUAUAUUACUUCAAGAGUUGGGACGAGCAGAAUUACGUAAAGUAGCUAGAGAGAGACUUCUGAAGCUUUUACGGAAGGAUUCCAAUAACGAGCGUGUACAUUUCAAUUUGGGGAUGUUGGCCAUGGAUGAUCACGAUAGUGCUAGCGCGGAGCGUUGGUUCCGCAAUGCCGUUGCAUUGAAGGAAGACUUCCGUUCUGCGCUGUUCAAUCUCGCAUUACUAUUGGCAGAUGAGCAGCGUCCACUCGAAGCGGCACCGUUUCUGAAUCAAUUGGUCAGGUUUCAUCCGGAUCAUGUAAAAGGCCUAAUCCUUUUGGGAGACAUUUAUAUCAAUAACAUAAAGGAUUUAGAUGCUGCGGAAAAUUGUUAUCGCAGAAUAUUACAACUGGAUCCUACCAAUAUUCAAGGAUUGCAUAAUUUAUGCGUCGUGAUGGUGGAACGAGGUAAAUUGGGUUUAGCAGCGCAGUGUCUGGAACACGCAGCCGCUCUAGCACCACAUCAGGAUUACGUGCAGAGGCAUCUUUCGAUCGUGAGAACUCGUAUUAGUCGUCUACCACCGGAUCAGCGCGAUACCGACGUUUUCGAUGAUUCCUUUUGGAGCAGUAACGUGAAGGACAGACCCUUCAAUACCGUCGAGCCGUCAAACGGACAGUUUAUAGGAAAGACCGAGUCCGUUUUUGCGAAUCACGCGACAGUUCACAAUCACAUAGGAAGUAAGCAGAGCAAUACCGAUUCCCUGAAUAAUCACAUUAUACAUUUAAAGGGUCCAUCAAAACCUGCCCGAGCGAUGAGUGGUGCCAGUACGACGGAAACAAAAGAACAGAGUCCCAAACAAGCGACAGUCCCUGUAUUGAGUAAUAUCGUGGAACCUACCACGGACAGGGUUUUCGAUAGAGUUAUAAGCGCUGAUAUAACGAAGUUAGAUAUCACGCAGAAACACAGCUCGAAACAUACGACGUCCGACCAGUUCAAUCAGAGUGCCGCCGCAACGAUCAGCGGCAAGCAAGGAAUGAAGCAGACAAAGGACAGCGCGUUGUCAUAGUAUUAAUGUAAAAUCCGCCGAAUACUGUAAAGUUAUAUGCAUAUAACGAAAGAUGGUGGUACAGUCAUAUAGAGCUAAUGUGUGAAUAUAAAAUAAAUACAGAGUAUUGUU